UCUCCACCUAAAAUCUUUUAUGACGUUUAUCGAUAGGAUACUAGACAUACAUUACGUCAAUCGAAACUAUUUCGCAAUUGGACUUAUAGUUUUUGUUUUCUAAUGCGUCAAAGUUGUAAAUAUUGACGCAUUACGUAAUCAGUUUCGAUUCAGCGCCGCGCUGCGAAUGAAUGAAAAGUGGCCUCGGUCGAAUGUUUCUGACGUCAUACCGGGAACCAAAAAAAUGUAUAUAAGGCCUGCAUACAUGGAAGGCUAUUGAAAAACUAAAUCAAUAUGCCGGCAAGGUGCAUUUUACCAACUUGCAGUAACAUACCCGAUAAGAAUCGAUGUAUUGCACUUCAUCCAGUGCCGUUUUACAACGAUGAUCGCCCUGAGGCUAAAAGAAGACGCAAGAGAUGGAUCGACUUCAUCAACUCGAAACGGGCUGAUCAGUGGACAGCAUCUAAACAUUCGGUCAUCUGCUCUGCACACUUCACCCCAGACAGUUUCACUAGGAAAAUUUUGCUCCCAGGGACAAGCCCACGGCUUAUUACUGAUGAAGUUGGGGUAGUACCGUAUCCGACCAUAUUAGAGUCAAACAACACGGCGAAAGACAGAGAAGGAAUGAUGACGGACCGAACGCGAAGAAAGGUCCUGAGAGGGUCUAGAACAAUCCCAUUGGGCAAAGCCAAAGGGAAUUCUACCACGGAUUCAACCAUAGGCCUAGAUAACCUCGCUGCAACCGACGAACAGCCAAAUGUUGCUGGUCAUUCAAUGGAAGACGAAAACUACAUGGAUAAUGAAUCAUAUAAUCCAGAGGUACAACAACAUCAAAUUCCUAGUGUCAGCAACAAAGAAGUUUGUCCCAGCUGCACUGCUCUUUUAAAACAGAAUCGUAUUGCGAGGAAUCGAAUCGUCACUUUAAGGGUACUGUUAUCAAAACAAAGACUGAAAAAUCAAAAAUUGACAAGGAGAGUAAGGAAAACAAAGAGGUCACCUAAAAAGAGCGAUUCUACAAAAAUUAUGUUCAGUGAUCUUCCAAAUGAAGCUGAUAGUUCUGAGGAAAGUGAUAAUGAAUCAUUGGAGGAGCUUGAUUUUGAUUGUGAGGAUGAAGAUAUGUCAACUUAUGAACCAUCUGAUCAUUCAGACACAGAAAGCGAUGUAGAAAGUGACACUGAAGAGGCUUCUAGGUUCUUAGCUACAGAUGGAAACCUCCGGACAGAACCAAAAUUCAUCUCAUUUUUGGUUCAAAUCUUGUUGCUCUUCAAGUUCUGUCAUUUCUGCAAGAGUGACAACCCGAACAUUAAAGCAACUAAAUGUGGAACAAUGCUGAUUGUUCGGAGCCACUGUAUUAACCCAGCAUGUCUGAAAGAAGAUCUUUGGAGAAGUCAACCGAAAAUGACUGGAACUAACAUACCUGCAGGCAACUUCCUGCUCUGUAUGUCAACAUUGUUAGCUGGGGGCUCAAUCUCAAAAGUCAGACAGAUUUUCAAUCACAUGAAUCUUUGCACAAUCUCGUUCACAACUUUCUUCAAACACCAAAGGGAAAAAUUAUUUCCAGCUAUAUAUAUCCACUGGAAAGUAUAUCAGGCUGGUCUCCUUAGAGCACUCAAAGACGAAAGCAAUCCUGCUGUUCUAGCCGGAGAUGCCCGCCAUGACAGCAUGGGUCACAGUGCAAAAUAUGGCACUUAUUCGGUUUAUUCAUGCUCUCAGUCGGCUGUGAUACAUUUUGAUCUUGUGCAGAGAAAUCAAGCUGGUAGCAGCAGUGCUAUGGAAUUAUAUGGAUUCAAACUCUGUCUCGAGACUUUGCUGAGAGAUGUCCCAAUUUCCAAAUUUGUCUCAGAUCGCCACAUAGGCAUAUCAAGCUUUAUACAAGAGAACCAUCCAGAAAUAAUUCAUCGUUAUGACAUCUGGCAUGUUGCAAAAAAAGUGAAUAAAAUGUUAACAAAACUUGGCAAAGAAAAGGGUUGUGAAGUCAUCAACGAGUGGAUACGAUCAUGUGUUAAUCAUGUGUAUUGGAGUGCCACAACAACCAUGGAUGGGAAUGGUGAUGUGAUACUUGCCAAGUACAAAGCCUUUUUAAGCCACAUACUAAAUAAGCACGAGAAUCUACCCGACCCAUUAUUCAGUAGUUGCAGUCAUGGUCCAGAUUUAACAAAGCGCAAAUGGUUGUUAAAAGAUUCUGAUGCAUACGAAAAAGUCUGCAAAGCCCUGACAAAGCCAGGAUUCCUAAAAGGCAUAAAGAAGCUUUCAAAUGAUGCACAGACUAGCUGUUUGGAAGGUUUUCAUUCUGUAGUCAAUCAAUUUGCACCAAAGAUGAUUUGUUAUUCAUAUGUUGGAAUGUACUGCAGGCAUGCUCUAGCUGCAAUACAUUUCAAUUAUAAUGUCAACCGUGGUGUAAAAAGAAAGAAGAAUGGGUCUGUGCAGAUUAAAGUAGCCUACCCAAAAUUCAAAAAUGGUACCGCAACAGUACGUGAUGUUCCAGUGGCACAAAAUUUUGAUUAUGUGGAAGACAUUUAUCAGACCAUCCUUAAUGGCAUCAAGUCACCAACAGUGUUACAGGAUGCUAUAAAUGAGUUGAAGGAUCAAACACCUCCACCCAUGAACUCUACACUCGAGAAACAGCCACGAAUUCUAGCUGUUGAAAAGCAUACUGCAAGAAAAUCAUUAGUUGCUACUGAUGUACCACCAACAAUGCCAGUUAACCAAAUUGUACAAACUGCAACAAAGCAAAGAUCAAAGCCUCAAUGCUCUGUUUGUAAGCAUCCGAUGAAAGGACACAAGAAAGUCGACUGUCCAACCAAUAAAUAACAUUAAAAUUGUAUGGUUGAGAAAGGUAUCAAAGUAUCAGGGAGAAGAAUUUACUUUUGGAAACUCAGAUUUACUCUGAACUAUUACUCUCAAACCCCUUUGCAUUUCCUGCCAAAACUGGAAAUUCUUGUCGAAUUGCAUUAUAUGCACAGGCCGGCAAGGGAAUUCUUUUGUUUCCAAGGCGACCGUGUAUCAACCUCGUGAAGGAUCUGUAUGAGAUACUUCGUAGGAACCUGAAGGAAAAAGAUAACACUGAAUGAUGUUUAUUUUGUAAUGAAAACUCACAACACAAUGAAAUAUAUUGAACCAUAUAAAAAACCAUCACACAUUAGAUUUAAUUUUUAAAAAAGGAAAAAAAUCUAUGGUACCCUUAACAACUUUAGCCUUAUGAAAAUAGAAAAUGUGUUAACUGUAUAUAAAACUCUGUUAACUUUGGAUACGUAUACUUGUGAAAGUGCAAUUUGUUGCUUAAAUUUGAAAAAAAUGCACUUACUUAUUUUCAAAUCCAGUACGCUUGUA